GGGGCCGGGGGAGGCCGGGGGCAACAAACAAGUAAAUAAUAGCGCGGACUGAGCGGGCCUCCUAAGGCAGCCACAGGAGGUAGCGACUCCCUUCUUGGCUCCUGGCAUUGGGCGACAGCAGGCAGCGAAGCCUUCCGCCGGCCGGGCUCUGUUGACCGCCUGGCGAAAAGAACUGACUGGACGUCCAGCUCGGAGCUGCGGAGCGACGUGAAGAAGCUUUGGAAGGAGAACGAAAGCGGGGCAAAGAGGACGCCCCCUCCCGUUCUUCCCCCCUCCCCAGCCCUCCCCGCCUUUCCUCCCCGUGCGAGGGAGCGCUCCCUUUCAGGCAGGCGCUCCGCGGGGCAGCCGUCGAGAGGCGAUACUGGGGGGCCGCGGCAGAGGGAGCCGUCGAGGCGCGGGGAGAAGCGGCGGAAGGGCGUCCAGAAGGGCGCCCUCGGUUGUGGCGCCGGGCCCGGCGGGGAUGGCGGCUACGGGGAGCAUCACCACCUUCCCCGACGACGGCGGUGGUGGCGGCGGCAGCGGUGGCCCCUUCCCGCCUGGACACUUUAAGGACCCCAAGCGGCUGUACUGCAAAAACGGAGGCUUCUUCCUGAGGAUUAACCCUGAUGGUCGAGUGGACGGAGUCCGGGAGAAGAGCGACCCGCACAUCAAGUUAAUACUUCAAGCUGAAGAAAGAGGCGUGGUGUCAAUCAAAGGUAUACGUGCAAACCGUUUCCUUGCUAUGAAUGAAGAUGGACGAUUAUUAGCACUGAAAUACGUAACAGAUGAAUGCUUCUUUUUUGAACGCUUGGAAUCUAAUAACUAUAACACAUAUCGGUCUCGUAAAUAUUGUGAUUGGUACAUAGCACUGAAACGAACUGGUCAGUACAAACCUGGACCAAAAACUGGACGAGGACAGAAAGCUAUUCUUUUCCUUCCAAUGUCUGCCAAAAGUUGAUCUGAGUGUCAACAAUUCAUAAAAUAUUGUGCAACAGUAGUAGAUGUUCCCUCCUCCACAAGACAAAUUAAUGUGAUAUUUUCCAAUCAACUGUGUUUGCUGAUUAAUUUGGUAUCAUUACUGUGUAGAACUGUAAGACUGAAAACCCUUUUCAUUCUCCGUUUAUAUAAGUGUGUUUGUGUAUAUACUAAUGUGAGUGUGGCAUGGAGAUAUAGUUCCACUUAAAUAUGUCAGUGAAGUAUUUCCAGUUAGAUUUUAUAAUCAUUUUAAUCUUAUGAUUUAGGAGUAGACAUUCUAUUGAAUGUGAAAAAAGUUUUAAACUAUGCAUAGUCUACAGAGUCUUUAUUAUUUAAGGGUAAUAUCUUUUUAAAAGACAUAAACAUUAAUAUUGAUUUUAAUCUGGAACAAAAUACACAAACAUAGGCUUUGAUUUCAAAUAAUCUUAAAUUAAAAAGAAUAUUAAUUUUACUGCAUAUCUGUCACAUUUUUAUAAUUUUCUGGCAGCUCUCUGUGGUACAACUUAUAGAAAAGGCCUGUAUACACAGCUGGCAAUUCUCUCAUAGAUAUAUCAAUUUGAUCAAACCCUUCCCGAUAUCCAUAGAGAAGUAAUCUAGCUAUAUUGCUAGUGAUUGGAGUAGUUUCUUUUGUCUUGGAAAGCUCUGUAAGGUCCAUCCAUUCACAUCUUAAGCACUCCUGCUGGCAGAAAUUAAUAUGGAAAGAAGAAGGCUCCAGACGACAGAUUAUGUACAUAUCUGAUUUCCCAAAGGCUCCAGGUUGCCCAUGCUGCUGUCGUAUGCUUAGAAUAGACUUGAAUUCAGACGUUAUACCUGUCUCUUCAAAAACUUCUCGAACUGCUGUGUUCCCUAAGAGGAAGAAUGAACUUAUAUAUGAGUUUUAACCAGAAAUUAUAAUUUUAGGAGCUUGUAAAAAUAUUAGAUAGGUUUUUUUAAAAAAACCUCAGGAAAACAAUCAUUACAGAGACUUCAACUGUUGCAGAGGCAGGGGUCCCCAACUCCCGGUCUAUGGAUUGGCACCAGUCCUCAGCAUUCCAGCAACCAGGCCGAGCAACAAGCAAAGCCCCAUCCACGGUUUGGAGGCAACACACAAAACUACGCCCCUUCCAGUCUGUGGAAAAACCAUGGAAUCAGUCCCUGGUGCCCGAAAGUUUGGGGGCCGCUGCUAUAGAAAGUAAGGAAGAUAACCUUGACAGAAAUAUGCAGAAACCAUUGUCUAGACUACUAUUCUAGCCACUCUCAAUAAAAGUAGUUUUAGGCUUCUUAUAGAAUUUCCUCAUCUGGUCUACCUAAUGAAGCUGAUAUCAAUCUUAUAAAUCCAAUUAUGAUGUAACCUCUUCUCCCUAAUUCAGUCAAUUAGGGAAGUAUCUGUCUGAGCCACUUCCAAAUGUUAUCUCACGCUUCUGGACUUAAAUGGUUCAGCCUCUUUUCUCUAGGCAACAGCUCUUGCUUAUCUCUGUCACGGUCAUCUUCCUUACUCUCUGCAAUUAGUUAUAGUCUAAAAUAAUUAUUGAAGUCACUUUAAGAAAGAUAUAUAUCUGAAAUUUGAGAGCUUCUAGUAGAAAACAGUUGGUCAAAGUUAAUGCAUUUUAAAACGAAUGCAACAUUAUAUUGUUUAAUUACUUACUAAUGUAUGUAACAAGCAUAACUUAAUGAUUUUCAAUUUUUAUUUUCAGAGCAAUGUGAUUAUACUGCUCUUAAUAAAAAAAGAGACAUUAUUAGUCUUUUUGAAUAUUUUUGGCAAUAAAUAUAUUAUUUGGCAAUAACUCAUUUAAUUGUCAUCAGGUUGAAUUGAGUGUUAUUACUUGUGUCUAAAUACU